AUGGAAAUAAGGUUCAGCUCAUCUGGGAAGCCAGAACCUUUAGAAACAGACAAAGCAUUAAAGUGGGUAGAAAUCUCGGGAUUUGAGGUAGUCAUUUGUGGAAACUGUGGGCUUGGCUUUAACCAGAAAUCAACUCUCUUUAGUCGUCAGAGGACUCUCUUAGGAGGAAAGCCUUAUUUCUGCAGUGAGUGUGGCCGAAGCUUUAGCUAUAAAUCAACUCUCAUCACACACAAGAGAUCACAUACGGGGGAGAAGCCUUACCUCUGCAGAGAGUGUGGGCAAACCUUCAGCCAGACGUCAAACCUAGUCACACACAAGAUGGCGCACUCUGGGGAAAAGCCCUUUGCAUGUGAGGAUUGUGGGCGAAGCUUUAGCCAGAAGUCAAUCCUCAUCAGACACCUUCGAACACACUCAGGGGAGAAGCCCUUUGUGUGCCAGGAGUGUUGGUGAGGCUUCAGGGCUAAGUCAAACCUUAUCACACACCAGAGGACUCACUCGUGGGAGAAGCCUUACGUCUGCAGGGACUGUGGGAGGCUUUUUUGAGAUAAAUCCACUCUCGGCAAACACCAGAGAUUUCAUUCAGGGGAGAAUCCUCAUUUGUGCAAUGAAUGUGGCCAGAGCUUUAGUCAGAAGUCAUAUCUCGUUAAACACAAGAGGACACACUCAGGAGAGAAGCCUUUUGUGUGUCUGGAGUGUGGGCAAGGCGAAUGUGGGUGAGAAUUUAGGCCUAAGUCUACUCUCAUUGCACAUCAGAGGACACACUCAGGAGAGAAGCCUUUUGUGUGUGGGGAAUGAGGGCAAGGCUUUCGACAGAAGUCACAACUCAUCAGUCAUCAGAGGACACGCUUUGGGAAGAAGGCUUAUGUUUGCACUGAGUGUGGACAAGGUUUUAGCCAGAAAGCAAAUCUAGUCAGACACGAGCUGACCCACUCCAGGGAGAAGUCCUUUGAGUGCAUUGAGUGUGGGCGAGGCUUUGGCCAGAAAGCAGCCCUCCUAAGACAUCAGAGGACACACUCACGGGAGAAGCCCUAUGUAUGCAGGGAGAGUGAGCGGGGCUUCACUGAUAAGGUGACCCUCAGCACUCAUCAGAGGACACACUUGGGGCAGAAGGCUUAUAUUUGCAGUAAGUGUGGGGAAGGCUUUCGGCUGAAAUCACUCCUCAUUAGACACAGGAGGACUCACUCGUUGUAG